AUGUCAAAUUCUCAGAAUCACGCUCUCGUCUUUGGCGCGACCGGCCUCGUUGGAUGGGCUGUUGUCGACCAGCUCUUGUCGGGUUACCCUACGUCAACGAUUUUCGCCAGCGUGACAGGCGUGAGCAAUCGACCUGUUGAUGCAUCUCGGACGUUCUGGCCAGAAGAAUCAGACACUAGACCAGAGCUUCAACUUGUUUCGGGUGUGAAUCUACAGAGCGACGAUGUUUUGGACCAGCUACGGGAAAAGGUCGCUGGCAUUGAGAAAACGACGCACGUCUUUUAUUUUGUCUUUGCGCCGUACAAUGACGACUUUGAGAGGGAAUGCCAGCUCAACUGCGACAUGAUGCGAACCCUCGCUUCUGCGCUGAACGCUCUGGCUCCUCACCUCAAGUCGUUCGUCUACUCUGGUGGCACAAGAGGCUACGGCAUCUACAUCCCUGAUGGCAUCUUUACGCCUCCUCUCGAGGAGUCCAUGGCCGACAAUCUGCCCGCUGACUACGCAAAGACGGUCGCUUACCCUUGGUUCCGCGAGAUUCUGACCAAGGCGUCCAAAGGUCGGGGUUGGACGUGGACAGAGGUCUGUCCUGAUGCUGUCGUAGGCUUCAGUCCCAUCGGAUCCAACUAUUCGCUGGCACUACACUGGGCGCAGUAUCUCUCCUUGUACGCGUUCAACCAUGGCGUGACCAACGCUAGCAAUACCCGGGAGGAGGUUCAGGUCCCAUUCCCAGGGAACAAUGAAGCCUACCACGCGCAUUUCACGCCCGUGUCCUCGCAUACCCUCGGUCGCAUCGCCGUCCACGGAGCCCUCAAUCCUGAGUCUUGCGGAUCCAGGAUCAUCAACAUGCUUGACCGCACAAAGCCCACCACCUUUGCUGAGCUCUGGCCCUCGAUCGCGUCCUUCUUCGGCCUCAUCGGCGUCGCGCCCUCUGCAGACAUCGCCCCUCAGCCUCCCAGCGAGUAUAUCGAGACGCAUAAGCACCUCUUCUCAGAAAACGGUAAGCCAAAUGCGAUCUCGGCAGGCGUCGGUGCGGGGAGUAAGCAGCUCGACAGCGUGGGAUGGUGGUUGACGUUUGAUCGGCAAUUGAGCGCGGAGCGGCUGCGGCAGGUAGGAUUCUUGGAGGAGAGAGAACCGGUCCGAGGGUGGACCGAAGCGUUCGAGAGGUUUCGAUCGGCGGGAAUCAUCUUUUAG